AUGCUGAAGCUUGCAGGUGGAGAUCGACACACUUCAAUCUUUGUUCUUGGCAGACAGUUAUUUGUUGCCAUGUUGAUGUUAGAUACUUGGCAAUAUUUUAUGCAUCGGUACAUGCACCAAAACAAGUUCUUGUACAAACAUAUCCUUGCUCAACAUCACCGGCUAAUUGUUCCAUAUGCAUUUGGAGCUUUGUACAACCACCCUUUGGAGGGUCUGAUUCUUGACACAAUCGGUGGGGCUCUAGCUUUCCUUGUCUCUGGCAUGUCACCACGUACCUCCAUCUUCUUUUUCUCAUUUGCUACGAUCAAGACGGUUGAUGAUCAUUGCGGACUAUGGUUGCCCGGAAAUCUCUUCCAUAUCUUCUUUAAAAACAACUCCGCUUACCAUGAUAUCCAUCACCAGCUUUAUGGGACCAAGUAUAACUAUUCACAGCCUUUCUUUGUGACGUGGGAUAGGAUACUUGGUACUUACAUGCCAUAUGAACUUGAGAGGAGACCGGAAGGAGGUUUUGAAGCUAAGCCUGUUAAAGAUUGCAAGGAACAUUGACAAUACUGUUAGUACAUGUUUGUCAUAGAGUAUGUACCACUGCAAUUUUUCCCUUAUUCAAAUGCUUAGUUACUCAUUUAAUUUGUAUAGAGUAUAUAGUUAAAGGGUUCUGCAUAUAUUGUUGUAUAACUGGUGUUGGUUUCGAGGUUUGAGAAAGGAAUAGGGUCGAAUAAUAGUUUCCUUUUUAAACAUUGUCUCAGAUCUGAUAUCUGGUAUAUUCAACUGCAGACAGAGAUAAAGAUUACUGAAAUACAUUGUGUGCUUUGAAUUCUUUAGUUCCAAAGCAUAUGGA